UUCAAAGACGCCAAAAUAAAGGCUGAUAGACGCGCCGAGUUGUUGCACCAUGUCAUGUCCGAGUACAAUGCAAUGGAGAAGGAAUAUGAACUCAUUAAAACGGCAUCCACUUCGAUUCAAAAGAAGAACGAAACGCUGACACAGCAGGUUUCCGUGCAAGAGGAAAGCAUUUACCAGCUGGAAAAAACUGUGCAGCUUCUUGAGACGGAGAACAACGAACUUCGACGAAGUCGAAUAAUCGAUGCCGACACAAAGACGUGA